AUGGCAAGAACUUUCUUUCGCUUAUUCGUGAUUCUUCUUGGCCUUUCUCAUCUUUUAUGCUCGACCGCAGUCCCAGUCACAAGAACUGAAAACCUUAUGCAAGAUGUCCAAGUUCGCCUAAUUCCUCUGGAAAAUACCCCUAAGGUUAUUACUGAGAAAAACUUGCACUUGGAAGAGUUAAACAUUACUGAGAGGAUGGAUUUAGAACUCCAUGAUUAUCCACCAUCUGGCGCAAAUGGUCGUCACACUCCAAGAGCACCAUAA